AUGUCUUCUGCAAAUUUGAUUGUGAUGGGUGACAACCAUCCAAGAGGGUCAAAUGUUCUGGCGAUGGUUGAAAGAAGUGUUCGUUUUGUCAAAGUACUUUCUAGAGUUGUGGUGUUUACUAUGAACCGGAAUGUGUCUGAUGCUGAAUGCCACAGGACACCUAAUGUUUUGACAGUCUCAUCACUGUCUAUGUUCAACGCGGUCUUUGAAGAACUUUGCGCAUUUUGUGGUACGAAAGAAACAAACGAAGUUUUAUAUGGAGCCUUUUAUUCUACACUUGCUAUUUCAGUGCAUCAUAACUGCAUGUUCCUUGCCAGUGGAUUGAGUCAGAGAGGUAAUCCCAACAUAGGAAUUGUAGGAUUUAUGCUACCUGACUUAGAGAAAGAAAUAUCAAGGGGACAGAAGCUUCACUGUUGUUACUGUAAGAAAAGGGGAGCUACAAUUGGCUGUGUAGAAGCUAAGUGUAAAAAAAGCUUUCACCUACCCUGUGGAAUAAAAAAUGGCACCUUGCACCAAUUCUUCAGUUCAUUUAAAUCGUUCUGCAGACAUCAUAUGCCGAAACAAGCACCUUUAGAAAUCAAUGAAGAUGAAUUGUACUGCCAUAUUUGCUAUACAGCACUUACUCGAGAAGAAUUACAAAAUUGCUUGUAUUCUCCUUGCUGUCGCAAAAAUUGGUUUCAUAAAUAUUGUUUACAGCAAUAUGCAUUUAAUGCUGGAAUGUACUUCAUCAAGUGUCCUUUGUGCAAUAAUACAACUGAAUUCAUUAAUGAAAUGAAAAUACAUGGGAUACAUAUUCCUGAAAAAGAUGCUUCAUGGGAACAAGAGGAAAAUGCUUUUCAAGACCUUCUUGUACGACCAGAAUGUGGUGCUGUAGUGUGCAAGUGUGCUAAAGGAAGAAACCAUUGUAGUGAAAGAUGA